AAACCCCCAGGGUAUCUACCUCAUAUAAAAGAUCUAUAUAGACCACUAUAACAAUUACCAGCUAGGUGAAUUCAUGCUUCAUGAACUGCUAUAAGCUUCAAUUCUUUGCGAGAUAGAUCUGCAUCCCUGCUUAUCAUCUCUAAAGAUAAUUGAACUCAAGAUGACUGAUCAUGAUAAGUUGCUCUCUAUUGACGAUCUGCACAAUGUUUUGGAUGCUGUUUGUGAUGCAGCAGAAAAGUGGUACUAUAUCGGCCUGGCUUUGGGACUUCGUCCGCCUACUUUGAACCAGAUUACAGCCGAUAAUUCUGAGUGCAUAGAUCGUCUACAGAAGAUGUUGUCUCGUUGGUUGCAGAAUGGUCAAUCAACGACCUGGCAGAGCAUUAUUCAAGCACUUUGCUCACAAACUGUAGGGCAGAGAAAAAUUGCUGAGAAAAUAGCAUGCUUUGAAGGUCUCACUCUGCCUGCUGUUCCACAGCCUGCACUAAAGGAUGUUUCACAACAGACUGAUAGUGCUGAAAAGUUUAGUACUAGUGUGCCAUCAUGUAGUUUCAUGUCUACUGUCAAAGAGUGUCUACCACAAAAACGUCGUGCCUCUUCAGCUGCCUCAAUGGUCAGCAACAACAGACCAACUCUAGCUGGACCCUGUUUAUUCCCCCAUGAUCUGCAAUGGAACAAGUGUGAUAUUCGAGCUCCUGAGAAAAUGUCCAGUCCAAUCGAUGCUGUAGUUCACCGUGACACAGCAUAUUUUAGGGCUUAUCGCAGCAGAAACAUCUACUCAUACAAUUUGACCAGUGGAUGGUCAGUAUCAGCUGAUUGCCUUGUCAGAGAUACUUCUUUGGUUGUGUUGCCUGUCGCUUACGAAGGAGCUGACCAUUUCCAUCUUCACACAAUUGGUGGAAUCAAGCCUGAAGAACAUCGAAAAUCCCCUGGCGAUGAAUUCACUAAUGCCAUCUACUACUAUCAGUUGACUGAUUGUGCUGGAUUAUUGAGAUCAAGUUCAAAUCACCUGAAAUUUAACACUAAACAAAGCCAGAUAACUACUGUGCGCAGUGAUGAAUGCCCAAUCAUAGCUCCAGAAUUAUGGAAAUCAAGUUCAAAUUACCCGAAAUUGAAGACCAAACGAAGCCAGGUGACCACUGUACUCAGUGAUGAAUGCCUAAUUGUAGCUGGGGGCAAAAAUGAUCUUGGACCAGUUAACACAGUGGAAGUGCUGACUAUUAGAUCCACAUGUCAAGAUAAGAAAUGGCGUGAGGUUUCCAGUCUUCCUUAUCCUGUGUAUCGUGCUUCUGGCUGUGUGUGCAAUGGAAUACUUUACAUACUAGGAGGAAAAGUGGUUAAUAAAGAAGGAGAUUUUGUUCCAACAAGGAAUGCUUGUGUAGCAACGGUAUCGCAUCUUGUUAAAUCUCCCACCGACGAUCAUUUCUUCAGGAAAAUAGAAAAUCUGAAAUUCAAAACCUCUGCAUGCAUAACAUUUGACAACCAUGUAUUGGCAAUUGGAGGUUAUGACAAAGCGACAGAUCAACCGACAAAGCUUGUCUACGUCUACCACACUGGUGAAGAUGUUUGGAAGGAGCUGAAAGGUCAAUUGUCUGAGCCUCGAUGUUCGAGUUUUGCUGCUGCUUUUGAGGACAAACAGAUAAUGAUUGUUGGAGGGUACGAUAGACCUGAAAGAAUAUGUACCGGUUCUGUAGAGUUUGCAAUCAUUCCCUAA